AGAUAAGAGGCAGAAAGGCUGACGUAAGGUGGUGAAGUUCGGCUGGCAGACGCCUGCGCGGGGUCCGCUGGACGCAACGAGGGGGGAACUAGGAACGGGAGCAGCGAACCCCCAUCCAUCCAUCCAUCCGCCGCCAUCUUGGCUCAAGCCGCGGAUGAAGAGGACGGGUCCGGGCUCGUCCUCGCAGACCAUUCCGGCUCCGGGGGAUCCAGUUGCCGGGAGCACAGAGGGCGGAGCCUGGCGUCUCCGGGAGUCGGGGACGCAGCAGCCCGUCACAGCCAGCCAGCAUCGGAGCCGGAGCCACGGGCGGUCUGAGGUCUUGGCGCAGUGGGAGCCCCCCGCCGCUGACUGCCUGCUCCGACCCCGUGUGGGAGGCGCUCCUCGCGGAGAGAGAGCAUCCCCGCUCACCUGGAUGACCAUGGCGGACGACGACGUGCUGUUCGAGGAUGUCUACGAGCUGUGCGAGGUUAUUGGGAAGGGUCCCUUCAGCGUGGUGAGGCGCUGCAUCAACAGAGACACAGGCCAGCAGUUUGCUGUAAAGAUCGUUGAUGUGGCCAGCUUCACCUCCAGCCCUGGCCUCAGCACAGAGGAUCUGAAGCGAGAGGCCAGCAUCUGUCACAUGCUGAAACACCCCCACAUCGUCGAGUUACUGGAGACGUACAGCUCUGAUGGCAUGCUCUACAUGGUCUUUGAAUUUAUGGAUGGAGCAGACCUGUGUUUUGAAAUUGUGAAGCGAGCUGAUGCAGGGUUUGUCUACAGUGAAGCUGUGGCCAGCCACUAUAUGAGGCAGAUUUUGGAGGCACUAAGGUACUGCCACGACAACAAUGUGAUUCAUCGCGAUGUAAAGCCUCAUUGUGUCCUGUUGGCUUCAAAAGAGAACUCUGCUCCAGUGAAGCUGGGAGGGUUCGGCGUGGCCAUCCAGCUGGGAGAGUCUGGUUUAGUAGCUGGAGGUCGAGUGGGCACUCCUCACUUUAUGGCCCCAGAAGUGGUGAAGAGGGAGCCGUACGGCAAACCGGUGGAUGUGUGGGGGUGCGGCGUCAUCCUCUUCAUCCUCCUCUCUGGCUGCCUACCUUUCUAUGGCACCAAAGAGCGCCUGUUUGAGGCCAUCAUUAAAGGGAAAUACAAGAUGAACCCACGCCAGUGGGCCCACAUCUCAGAGAGCGCCAAGGACCUGGUGAGACGCAUGUUGAUGCUGGACCCCGCUGAGAGGAUCACAGUCUACGAGGCCCUGAACCACCCCUGGCUGAAGGAGAGGGACAGGUAUGCCUACAAGAUCCACCUGCCUGAAACAGUGGAACAGCUGCGCAAGUUCAAUGCCAGGAGGAAGUUAAAGGGAGCAGUGCUGGCUGCCGUUUCAAGCCACAAGUUUAAUUCCUACUACGGUGACCCUCCUGAGGAGCUCCAUGACUUCUCAGAUGACCCAACCUCCUCAGGACUGUUAGCUGCUGAAACAGGGGCAGUAUCACAGGUUUUGGACAGUCUAGAGGAGAUUCACGCGUUGACGGACUGCAGUGAGAAAGACAUGGACUUCCUGCACAGCGUGUUUCAAGAUCAGCACCUCCACACCCUGUUAGAUCUUUAUGACAAAAUCAACACCAGGUCUUCCCCUCAGAUAAGAAAUCCUCCCAGUGAUGGAGUGCAGAGAGCCAAAGAGGUACUGGAAACCAUCUCCUGUUACCCAGAGAACAUGGAGGCCAAGGAGCUCCGGAGGAUCCUCACACAGCCACACUUUAUGGCUCUGCUGCAGACCCACGACGUGGUAGCUCAUGAGGUGUACAGCGACGAGGCUCUCAGGGUGACCCCCCCACCCACCUCACCCUACCUGAACGGAGACUCCCCGGACAGCACCAACGGAGAGAUGGAUCUGGAGAAUGUGACCAGGGUGCGGCUGGUCCAGUUUCAGAAGAACACAGACGAGCCCAUGGGUAUUACUCUUAAAAUGAAUGACCUCAACCACUGUAUCGUUGCGCGCAUCAUGCACGGUGGAAUGAUCCACAGACAAGGGACUCUGCAUGUUGGAGAUGAGAUCCGGGAGAUAAAUGGCAUCAGUGUUGCUAAUCAGACGGUAGAGCAGCUCCAGAAGAUGCUGAGGGAGAUGAGGGGGAGCAUCACCUUCAAGAUUGUGCCCAGUUACCGGUCCCAGUCCAUGUCCUGUGAGAAAGAGUCACCGGAUUUGUCUCGACAGUCACCGGCGAAUGGCCACGCGAGUGUCACCAGCUCCAUCCUGGACCUGCCUUCCACCAUCCAGCCCAAAGGCCGGCAGAUCUCCAGACCUGCUUUCAAGGACAAAUUGUCCAUAAAGAUUUAUGUACGAGCUCAGUUUGAAUAUGAUCCAGCCAAAGAUGACCUCAUCCCCUGUAAGGAGGCGGGCAUUCGCUUCCGGGUAGGUGACAUCAUCCAGAUCAUCUCCAAAGACGACCACAACUGGUGGCAGGGAAAGCUGGAGAACACCAAGAACGGCACGGCGGGGCUCAUCCCGUCCCCCGAGCUGCAAGAGUGGCGUGUGGCGUGUAUAGCCAUGGAGAAGACCAAGCAGGAGCAGCAGGCCAGCUGUACCUGGUUUGGCAAGAAGAAGAAACAGUACAAAGACAAAUACCUGGCCAAGCACAAUGCAGUCUUUGACCAACUAGAUCUGGUGACGUAUGAGGAAGUUGUCAAACUGCCGUCGUUCAAGAGGAAAACGCUAGUUUUACUUGGUGCCCACGGCGUUGGAAGGAGACACAUCAAGAACACCCUCAUCGCCAAACAUCCUGACCGCUUCGCCUAUCCCAUCCCUCACACAACUCGGCCUCCUAAGAAGGAUGAGGAGAAUGGAAAGAACUACUUCUUUGUGUCCCAUGACCAGAUGAUGCAGGACAUCAGCAACAACGACUACCUGGAGUACGGCAGCCACGAGGACGCCAUGUACGGCACCAGGCUGGAGACUAUCAGGCAAAUCCAUGCUGACGUCAUGAUUGCCAUCCUGGACGUCGAGCCACAGGCACUAAAGAUCCUCAGGACAGCAGAGUUUGCUCCCUAUGUCGUCUUCAUUGCAGCUCCCACCAUCACCCCCGGCAUGACGGAGAUCCCAAAGUGGUGCAGGAAAGUGCCUGACGACUCUCUCCAGCGGCUCCAGAAGGAGUCGGAGAUGCUGCAGCGAACCUACGCCCACUACUUUGACCAGACCAUCAUCAACAACGAGAUCGACGACACCAUCCGCCUGCUGGAGGAGGCCGUGGACCUGGUCUCCACCACCCCCCAGUGGGUGCCCGUGUCCUGGGUCUACUGACACACAGAACUGCGCUCAUCACCGUGUACAUCCCAUGGAAUCUAGACUUUGUCCAGCUUGAGUUGCGUCUCUCAUCAGAAUCACGUUUCUGUAGAUGAACUUGUUGGAAAACAAGUACUGACUAAAGCCUCAUGACAGACUUCGUCCCGCCCCCGACCCCCUUUCUCCUCAACAGCCUCAAAGGCGUAUUGUUGUGUACAUAUAUACAUAUACGUGUAUAUAUAAAUGAUUAAAAAAAGUAAGUGAAUAUAGUUCUGUUGUCAAUAGCUGGCGGGAGGGAGGUGGCGAGGCGAUGUAGUGGAUAUUUUGUAACAUUCUUUUUUAAUUGAUGGGUGGAUGGAAGUGGAGGAAGGCAAUAGCAGGAUUGAUCAUGAAACAGUCUUGUGGCGUUGCCUGCGUGUCUGCGUGUGUCGACCUGAAGGCACUUCUCGUGGUACUCUGUCCUGUCCACUGCCCCCCCCGCUCUCCUCGGGCCCAACUAUGAAGCACAUCAGAAGCUGCUACAGUGGCGACAAAUUAACACCUUCAGCUCCAAAUGCAAGUUGGAGUGAAGAGAAAAGCACAGGAAACUUAGCAGUUUCAUCCUUCCGUUCCCUCAUCCAGCCCUUAUUUAUUUCAGUAGCCCUCAGUGCCUUUCAGUCUGUUGAAGGAGCACACUGCAUCCCUCUGAGUUGCCUGCUGCCCCCCCCCCCUCCCAACCCCCGAUGGUCUCUGUUUACAUCUGUUUGCACAAAGUGGACAAUGAAGAAAAACCUGUACAGCAUUUUGACAACUUGGUUUUCCUUAUAUCCUGCCCCCCCUCCCUCCCCGACCGUCUCCACCCAUCUCAUCCUGUACGACACGCGAGCCGGCGGGAACCACAACACGGUUCUGGGGACACGGUUGGCUGUGGAAAAGCACCGACACCACCACGAGAUACGGCUCAUGAACUCGAUAAAGAAAAAAGAAAAGAGAAACUGCCUUACCAGAGUCUCGGGGGGGAAGAAGUCUGCAACACCUAUGCACACCCCUGGUCGGGCCGGGCGGACCGCCACCACGUUUCCUUCUCUCCCCAACAAUGAGCCAUGCUUGUUGAAGCUGAGGUGAAUGUCUGUGUGGACGGGUAGGGCUUCAUGUAGGCGGAUGGAUGCCACCCCGGAGCCGCCGUCUCAGAACUGUUAACUGUUGUCUUUAAAAAUAUAAAGAGUAUUCCUGUUUCAGGAGGAGAGAAAAUAACAAUUGUGUGUGUAAAUGUUUCAGUGGUGCGUACGUCAUAAUGAGUGAAUUACCAAGAGCCAGUGUAUAUUAACCCUUAAAAGAAGCUCGGUAUGUGACAUAAUCUCAGACUUUACCACAAGUGGCACAACUCUACGACACCGACAGUUGCUUAAUAAAAUAAAACUACGAUUAACAUUUGAAACUGUGGUGUGGUUUUGCCACUUUGAGUAAAGCGUUUUAAUUUCCAGUCCUGUGUAAAUUACCUCUGCAACAGCGAAAGCAGCUCUUCUGUACGAAAUGUUGGUUUGUUUUUUUUGUUAUUUCAUUUUUAAAGAAAAUAUAUUUCCUUUUAUGUGUUUAAA